AUGAUCGAUAGGCUUGCCAUCAAUAUAGAUUUGUUGUUCGUGAACCGGCCUUCACUCGGUAAGUCCUUGGAUACCCUAAAAGAAUAGUUGGACGACGCCUAUGGUCACGGCUAAAAUAUAUAGGACUACAAGUUUUCCGAAACAAACGGAUAAAAUUAUUUCUUUUUCUGCGCCCCUUCCCCGUGUGACAUGGGCCGAUCGGCGCGCUAGGCUGCAGCCUAUUCAGUCUAUUGGUUAAUCAGGCACUGUUCGCGGUUCGGUUAACAGGUAGAUUUUUUUUUUUUUUUUCUUGCGCAGUCGGGUAUACUACAUAAUAUUAUUGUAUAAAAAAAAAGGUCGCGUCCGUCGAACGCGCAUCCCGUGUGUUAUAAACCGUGUAAACAUCACGUGCGUCGGUGAAAUUCGAAUAAUUUCGCAUUACAUUCCGCUCGAUGUUAUCGAUUAUAAUAAUAAUAUUAUUAUUAUUAUUAUUAUUAUUAUUAUUAUUAUUACAGUUCUGGACUGAUAAUUGUUACUUUGAGAACAAUAAAACAAUAAUAUCACGUUCGAUUUGUACGGUGAUUAGGUACACGUGCAACAGUCGCAGCCGACCGCCCUCCCCGCGUACCCGGUAACAAUACAGCGCGCAAUAUUUUUCCUCCCAAUUAAUAACGUACAAUCACAAUAAUAUUAUAAAAAGCCGAAAAUUAUUAUAUCGACCUCCGCUCGGAUAGAGGGUGAACCGUCUAAUUGUCUGGCGGGUAUCGCGCAAUUCUCUUCUAUUUACGUCCUCGGCCUAAAAACCGAAAACAAUCAAAACGACCGUGCGCGUAAAAGACAGUGAACUAUGUCCAAAUGGCACAAUUACCGUCCUCGCACGAAAAUACGUAAUACGGAAAAAAUAUCACGUCAGAAAUUAUCAUUAUUAUUUUUUGUUUGUUUUCUGUAUUUGUGUAUUAUUUUGUGAAUUAUUAUUCACCUGUUUUUACCAUAAACUUCAGACGCUGUAUAAUUAUACAAAACAGUCCAGAAGGUAGGAUGGAUAAAGUCAUUCGGUUUAUAUCCGCGGCGAUAAAUCAUUGUUGCCGACGAUACACGAUUCUGAGCGGAGUUCGGUUAAACGACGUGUUUUGAAAUGUAAUUGUUGAUUCUCUCGUCAAAACUUGAACUUGAAUUGCUAUAAAAAAAAAAAAAAAAAUUAAAAAACGCUCAACUUUUUUGUAAACAUUCUUCAAGCGUUUAUUUUAGAGCUGUAAAGAAAGGGGUUACAUGAACGCUUUUUCGGGCGUUUUAUUUUAUUUUUUUUUUCGAUUUAAAACGUUAUACGAGUCCCGAACCCUGAUUAUCAUCGUGCGGCAAUAAACGGUAAUACGCGCGACCGGUCAUUGGAUUUCAACGCGGUUAUGCGCCCCCCCCCUUCACCCGACCACUGUACCCUCCCAGAUCGAUACCCGCGGUGGUAACGCCGGUAACCUACCGGAAAAUAAAUCGCGGUCACAGACGAGAAAGACGAGUUACAAAAUGCGUUUGAUAAUUAAUAAUACGGGUUCUCGCGCGUGCCGGUUCCGUAUCCGACGACGACGGCCCGUAUAUUUUUUAACAUAAUAUUACCGCGCUGAAUCGUUUAUGGUCCGUCCGCAGCGUCCGCACGCACAGUAAUAAUAGUAAGUGACUUGUAGUGAUGACUAGUAGGUAAUAGUAUGUCUGCGGGAAGACGCGGUAAACAACACAAAAAGUGUACACACGUCUCGCCUUUGGCAGUAUACAACAACAACAACAAUGAUAAUAAAACCACACACGCAUUUCCCGUCUGCGUACGUGACGGCAUUGUGUCACGGCGAGGGGAAAAAAAAAUUUCCGUUUUUCAUUUCGUUUCACCUUGAAAACCACAUAUUUGACAAUAGCGACGAUAUUCGAAUUCUAUAUGUAAUAUAAUAUUUGUUAUUGGUCUACUCGGUUAACAUAAUAUCGAUUUGAUCUGUCGCGGAUCUCGCGUUAUUAUAUCGACGCGCGACGACGGUGAAAUUCUAAAAAAAAAAAAAAAAAAAAAAAAAAAAAAUGAAAUUGGGAAAAAAAAAAGAUUUUUACAUUUUUUUUUUUUCAUUUAUUGUGCGUAUAGCUUUUGUACACAAUAAAUAAUGUCAUAAAAUAAACGCGAGAAAGUAAAUCGUAGUAAUAAUACGCGUCUUGUUGACCGACUUAAAAAUAUUAUAUUAUCAUAUGCGUUUAUUCGCAAUUGAGUUGCGGACCAUACGCGCAGCUCAUAGAGCAUAACGCGUCGAAACGGUUAUGAUAAUUACUAAUAUUUAAAUGAAAACUAAUUCACGUAUCGUUUUUAACCAUUGAAUAACUGUUUAUUAUUUGCAUAUUAUACGGUGAAAUCUCCCUAUUAACGGACACCUUUAAACAGCGGACAUCUCCAAAUAGCUGACGUUUUUUCGUGAACGGGGACAUUUAUACGUAGGAAAACCUCUAAAUACCGGACACUCUAAAUAACGGACGCUUUUUAACAUUGACAUUGAUCAUGUUUAUCGUAAAUUAAGAAUUAUUGUAUAGUACCUAAAUAAAAGUUAUCUUUUAUUACUAUGCGUGUACAUUAUUAUACUGUACAUAGCGCAUUUCUUAUAUUAUCGCGUCAACGAAAUGUUGUAAUUUUAAGACGUCUUCAAUUAAUAUGAAAAUAAAAUGUAUUUAAUUAAUUAAUUUGAUAAAAAUACAAUUUACACCUCAAAUAGCGGACAAAAUUUCAGCGACCGAGAGUGUCCAGUAUUCAGAGGUUCCUCUGUAUGUAUAAUAUAUUGAUUCCGAGCGAAACGAUCAGCGUAUUGGUUAUACCAUUAUAUGUGUGUGUGUGUGUGUAUGUGUUUUUUCGAGCGUCUGUAACCAACUUUUCUUCCAGAAAUCGUGUUGCGUUCAAAAACUUUAUAGGCGCGUGGAGGAGGUAAUUUUUAGAUAUUCCUCGCAGUUGUCUAUUAUUUGACGUUUGGUGCGAACGGUAAAAACACACCGGCCACUCGUUGUACGAUUUUCUUUGAUUCUAAAGGGUUACCUGUCGUGGCCACAAGGACGAUAAUCAUAGUACUUACGGUGAUUUCACCGUGUUCCGCUCAGAAUCGUCUUUCGAAUGCAAUACGGUUUAUAUCGUUAUUUUUUCGAUAUUCUAUUCAUAGUAAACUAUAAAUUAACCAAUAACGUACGCCUUCCCGACUCGCAUGGCGUCUUAUGCCCGUGGCGCGCAAAGUGUAUACUGUGGCUGGCGAAUAUGUUUUUUGUUUUUUUUAAAUUACCCUUCGCGUGUUUAACAAAACAAUACGCGCACGUCCAAUAGCGGCUAUUGAAAUCGUGUAGGUAUGCUCUCGCAAAAUUCCUACGCGUGUUCGCCGGGCGAAACAAAUAGGUAAGUACGGAUAGCGCGGCUGCUGUUUACGAGUAACCGUUUAAUAAUUAUUUAUUAUUCGCGAACCGUUUAAUCGGUUAAAACUCGUGUCUUGACCCCGUGACCGCGAAUGUACCCGAAACCGUUUAACUAAUCGCGCACGCCCACCUAGGAACUAAUCGCGAAAAUUCGUUCAACGUAAUUAUCGCAUCGACGUGUGUUUAUCCACAGGGUGUAACGCGGAGGUGUGCGACACCUGAAAUAACUUUUGUUCCGUUCGACAUUCGCGCGUAAACGUUUUUUUCGUGUUACGAUUACAGGAGCAUCGCGUUAUUAUUCCUUUAAUGUUAUAUUUUUUUUUUUUUUUUUUUUAGAUUAAAAAUACGAAUUCGCUAGAAUAAAAGUUUUCGGAAUACCCGAUUUUUCCAUUUUUUAAAUAUUAAACGUGUAUAUAUUGUGAAACGAAUUUCCAGUCUUGCCAAUAUGCACUUACGGCGCGUCGUCGUCGGCCGUCUACGAUCUACUUCAACCGAAGUUUACGAUUAUUGAAAAUCGUUUUCGUCACUACAUCCAAGGCUCCGGCGGUUACUACGGGGAGAAAAAAUACAACUCGAAACGUGUUGUGCGGAACAAUGGUUACACCGGGCGUCAUAAUAUCUCCGCGUCACGCCCCGUAGCUUUUGGCGGAGGCGUCGAACGGCCCGCGAACCCAAUAUACGCGCGCGUAAUCGAAACGACGAUUUCCGACCUGGCCGUAAAACACGGCGGUCGGCCGCUCCUCUGGCGAAACACCGAGAAAUACGCCGACGGGCCAAUACCGCGCAACGGUAAUAUUUGUAAUUAACGGGCGGCCGAGCGAACGACGCGUUUUCGCUUUUGUCGGGCCGUGGGUCGUUCGGAACGCGCGGUAAAGUCGUGCGCGCCAAGAGUGACCGCGACGGCCGCGGCGGGCGAUCUUUUCAAUUAAAAAAAAAAAAAAAAAAACGGAUCGAACCCACAGACCACAAACUGUUCGACCGGUGAAAAAUCGCGCUGAAAACCCAAUUACCCAAUGUAAAUUUUCGUUGCGAAAACCCAAUGAUAUUGUACAACGACGGCGAUUAUCGUUACGAGCAAACAUUCUAUCGAACGACGACGCGGUAUAUUCGUUUCGAUUUUAUUAUUAUUAUUAUUAUUUUUUUUUUUUUUUGAGUUGGGGGUGGGGCGCGUUUCGUCACUGUGUUUGUGGAAGAGAAUACAACGAUGUUCCAGGUCGUACGGAUUCACUAGAGAAACACAGACCGAAGCGCAUAACAGAUGUUACGCAUGUAUUUACACAUCGGAACAUGAAAAUAUUCAAAUCGCAAUCUGUAAGCAUGACAAAAUAACGGUCGCUAUUUUUGUGCGCACUACGGACACACUUUGUGCACUCCGAAAUAACGAAUGCGCGCUACGAACAAUUAUUAUAAUGUACACCUGUUAACUGCGUUUUUUUUAUAUAUAUAUAUAUAAUAGACGAGUCACAAGUUGCCGUAUAGACUCGAGGAAAACGUUUUUUUUUUUUUUUUAAAUAUUUACAGUGUAAUUAAUAUCUUCGAUAAAACACUCAUUAUCUCGGAAAGUAUAUUUACUUGUUCGCAAUUUUUUUUUUUUUUUUUCGGUACACUUUAUAAAACAAAGAACUCUGAAAUGUUACAUUAUAUCACCGUUACUUUUUGGUAUUCUUGUUUUUUUUGAAGGUGAAACCACUUCUCACUUUUGAUUUUUGAACAGCGACUGAAAAAAUUACACGAAUGCCAUGACGUUUUAAUUGAAAAAAAUGUCGGCGUUGAAAUAUUUAAAUUCCUUCAACGUCCUAUAUCAUAACACAUAUCGAAUACAUGUGCACUACGGAAAGUCUGCCAACAAAAUGUCACGGCAAAAUAGUUAGAUAUGGCGGAGACAGUUUUUUGAUACGUGCAUUCCGCUAAAAUAUCUCCUCACUUUAUCUAUUAUCGCAGUUUUCCGUUCGGUAUUAGCCGACGCUAUAGCAUUUUCGACAGUUGUGGGGACCUACGAUAUUAGCUAAAUUAUGCGGAGGAAAUGCGCACGCUAAAUGAAAACGUGACCACCUUAUGAUCAUGGUAUUACUACCUAUACUCGUAUAUUCGGUCGAUUUUCGUGUUCGUAAUAAGUGUAUCGUUCGUGUAUCCCUUGUAUUUCAUAAAAAAAAAAAAAAAAACAUCAUAGAGUUCAGCGAGUAUCGGUUUUUUUGAAGUCGAAUCGAGUUCAAAAGUCGAAAACUCGAUAAAUCGCACGAGUGUUAUUAUUAUUGUGUACCGUCGUCUUAGCGCAGUAACUCAUUAACAGAGUGUUUUCAAUUUUUUUUUUUUUUUUUAUACAACGCCUUAUAUGAGGUACAGUAUAUUGAGCUCUGCAAUUAAUUUCGGUAAUAGAGUAAAAGUAGUUGAGUCGAGUAGCCGUCCGACAAUGUAAAAAAAGUAAUUUCGAUAUUGUAUCGUUUUUUUAUUUUUUGGUUAUUACGGACAUGUUCUAACCUUUUGUAGACGCGUCUUGCACGGGAAAUUCACAUGGUGCAGAAUAUUGAUCCGAAACGCAUAGUAAUAUUGCGAAAUCAACAAUAAAACAAAACAAAUAGUAAAAAAAAAAAAAAAAAAACACACGCUUUCCACAGAUAUAGAAAGGAACUAUAUUUCAUUCGUUUCGACGGGUUUUUAACAUCUAUAAUAACGUCAUAAUCAUUUUAUUCGCGUGUUUACAGUUUCGUUUAACCGGGACAUUCGAUUUUUUUUUUUUUACACAGAAGUAGAUAAAAUAACGUUAAUAUUAUAGUUUUGUCGAUACUAGUGCGCACCUACGUCCAAUAAGUUCGUAUUGUUCGCUUUCACUUUCUAUACGAAAUGUAUAUUCAUCGUCGAACCCGACGAGAUAACAAUAAUAUUGUAUUACUAUAAUAUAACGUUCGGAAUAACGUCUCUAUUGUCCGCAGUGCCAGAUUUCGAGCGUGUGUCGUGACUGCAACACAGCGAUCAAUCAGUUUUUUUUUUUUUUUUUAUUAUGUUUUUAUUAUUAUUGUGUAUAAAGUUUUUUUUUUUUACGGGGAAAAUUAACGGUUUUCCGUACGAUCCCGGGACCGCCCCCACCGUGUUGUACGGUCCGUUCGGACACUGCGUCGCUAUCGUAUCGCCCGUAUACAUAAUUGAACGGUGAUUCUCGAAAAUCCGGAUUUCCAAUUUCACUGCAAUAUUCGAAUUUCCGUUUUUUUUUUUUUUUUUUUUUUUUUAUUCAGUCCGAAAAUCGUAUUUUCAGGUUUUUUUUUUUAAUCUGUUUUUAUUUGCAAACGAUUGGUCUGUUGAAAUUGUCGACAAAAUUUCAGUUACGGCGAUUUCGCUGUUGAACGAUGAAAAUCAAUUCGACAAUAACCCGAAAUCGACGGUUCGAAUUCGCACGGCUGUAUGUUAUACUCUAUUAUACAGGGUACUCGCAACGCACGACCGCCAGACCGGUAUAGCAAUACAAGUGCUUAGUCGUAUUGAUGAGUAUACGCGAACAUCACGGUAACGAGAUACCGCACGUCCGCACGCAAUAAGUGGCGUUUGUGAGCGCGAAUCCUAUCGCGAGCGACAGGUACCCGCGGCAGUGGGCGUCGCGAGCGUUCCGAGCGCAUCGCGCACGCCGGGCAGUCCAAGACGUUAAACAUGUAGGCACUGCAGAAGCGGUAGUGGAUGGCAGCCGAGACGAAACGCGCUUACGAGAUUUCACGGUUCCAAAAUCAAAUUUUAUAAUUUCAUGUAAAUAUAAAAAAAACUAAUCAAUUCCGUACACGACGUAAUGAAAUGUCUAUAUACCGUACGGGAAUAUUUUUUCGUAAUUUUUUUUUUUUUUUUUUUUAAAUAUUAUUUCGUUAUUCCGCCGAGAGAAAACAAUCGCGGUUUUCUCGAUUAUGCGUAGACAAUUUUUCGGAUUCGGAUUGCGAUGGUUGUUUAACGAUUAAAACGUACGAAUUUCCGCGAACCGCGGAAACAGAUACCCGAACACGGUCGAAUCCAUAAGACGCAGAACCACCGGGCACGCGUCUUACGCGUUUUAUAUUUCAGAUCGAUUUAAUUUGAUCUACAAAGACAAUUCGUAUUUCAAAUGAACGUUUGAUUCGUGUUUUUUUUUUUUUUUUUAGAACGUUUCUGUAACGCAUUAACUCUGGUUUGCUCGUCACCUUAUACUGUUCGCCUCGUGCGGAAAUUCGUGUCGAAUGUGAACCGUACACGUGCAACAACUCGUUUCGCACCCUCGGCGAGACGUCAACUGACGCGCAUGUUCGACUCUGCUUUACACCCGAAAUCCGAUACAGCAUAUCGUUAA